GAAACAAAAGACAAAAUGUUGGCUGUUUCCGUUUCAUUCUUUCAUUUUCUCUCUUUUCUUCAUUAUUCUCUCGGCACGAAAAACAACAACCAAAAAAAAAAAACCAAAAAAGGCGCCUUGGCUUCCAAUCAGACGGCCAACUUCAUCGACUUCGUCAAGUAUUUGACACAUCCACCGGAGAUCGUCGAACGACCCAAAGACGUGGCCGUCCGUUCGGGAGGCAUCGCCGCUUUUUACUGCCGGGCCAGAGGGGAACCGACGCCGCAGCUCUCGUGGCGCAAAAACGGACGAAAGGUCUCGCCGCAAUCGCCGCGCUACCUGGUCAUCCCGCAGCCGUCCAUGUCGGUGCUGAGGAUCGACUCGGCCAAAGCGGGGAAAGACGACGCCAAAUACGAGUGCGUGGCCGAGAACGGAGUCGGAGACGCCGUCGUCGCUUCUGCCACCCUCUCCAUCUACCCAGAGACGGACUUGCCUUCGGGUUUUCCGCGAAUCACUUCUUGGCCGGCCCAACUGCCCGUGGUGGAAAAGGGUCGGACGCAUCUGCUCGAGUGCGGCGCUUCAGGCAUUCCGGAGCCGUCCAUCUCGUGGAUCCGCGAUAUGGUGCCCGUCAAUCUGUCGAAUCCUCGCUACCAACAACUCGCCUCCGACUCGAAAUCCAAAGGUUCACUGCAGAUCAUCAACAGCGAAGAAGAGGACCAAGGCAAGUACGAGUGCGUUGCCGAGAAUUCGCUCGGCAUUGAAAUAUCGAACGUAUCGACGCUGCACGUCCGAGUUCGCCGAGUGCCUCCUUACUUUUCGAUGCCACUGCAGUCGAUCCACGAAGUCAAGCCGGGCUCGUCGCUCAACAUUACAUGCGUCGCCGGAGGUUCGCCUAUGCCGUACGUCAAGUGGCGCAAAGGCCUGGAGGAUUUGGAGCCGGAGCAUUCGCUGCCCAUCGGUCGCAACAUCCUCGUCCUCGAGGACAUCCAAGAGUCGGCCAAUUACACUUGCGUCGCUUCCAGCAAGCUGGGCCAAGUGGAGAACACCACUUUUGUCAGAGUCGAAGAGCUGCCCUACGCGCCCUCCAACGUUCGCAUCUCGGAGAUAACGGCCACUUCAGUGCACAUCAGUUGGCAUUACGACGGGCCGCCUAGCGAGGCCGUCGAGUUCGUCAUCCAGUACAAACCCAAACUGGCUCCAACGGCGGACCAUUCGGAAGUUGUCGGACUCAAAACCAACUACUACACGGUCCAGAAUCUCAAUCCGUUCACCGAGUAUGAAUUCUACGUGGUGGCCGUCAGCGCCAUCGGCCGCGGUUUGGCCAGCACGGCCACUUUUGUCACCACCGGAGAAACAGCCGAUCCCACGUACGGAGGACCAAAACCGGGAACGGCGCCGAAAAACGUUCAAGUGCGACCUUUAAGCUCGACGACGAUGCUGAUCCAAUGGGAAGAGCCGGACACGCCCAACGGCCAAGUCAUCGGAUACAAAGUGUUUUACACGACCAAUCCCGGACUUCCGAUCGCGUCGUGGGACUCGCAGGUGGUCGACCAUAAUCUGCUGACGACCAUCAGCGAUUUGACUCCGCACACGAUCUACACGAUCCGCGUCCAGGCCGAAACGAGCGUCGGAAGUGGACCGCUGUCGACGCCCGUCCAGGUCAAGACGCAGCACGGCGUUCCGAGCCAACCGACCGGACUGAGGGCCAUCGACGUCUCGGCAACGUCCGUCUCGCUCGAAUGGGCCAGGCCUCACCACACGGGCGAAAAUGUCAACAGUUACGAGCUCUACUGGAACGACACGUUCACCAAGGAGAAACAUCACCGGUCGUUGCCCGUCAGUGAAACGUACGUCCUCAACGGCUUGCAGCCCAACACGCUCUAUUACAUUUGGCUGGCGGCCAAAUCGAAACGCGGCGAAGGGGCCACUACGCCACCCAUUCCCGUACGCACCGACCAAUACGUUCCGACAGCGCCGCCGCAAAACGUUCGGGCCGAGCCGGAGGACAGCAGCUCGGUGCGCGUUGUGUGGAGCCCUCCGCCCGUGGACAAACAAAACGGGCACAUAUCGCACUACAAGCUGUACUACGUCGAAGCCACAAGGCCCGACAAGGAGGCCAUCGAAAUGAUGCUCAAAAGUCCAUUGCAAGGCGGCACCGAGUUCAAACUGGAGGAGCUCAAGAAAUGGACCCAAUAUCGCAUUUGGCUUCUGGCCGGCACCGUCGUCGGUGAUGGGCCUCCCUCCGAGUCCAUCACCGUCCGAACCCAGGAAGAUGACUCCGUCAUUGUGCCCGGUGAUCCGCAGAAAGUGACCGUCAUCUCGGUCAACUCGACGUCCAUCCGCGUCGAAUGGAAGCCACCGGCCGAAAAGGAGCAAUACGGCAUCAUUCGAGGCUACCAGAUCCACGUCCAGGAAGUGGACGCAAAGGAUGCCGUUGUGGGCCAACCCUUGCGCUACGACGUGGGCGUCGUCGAAGAGUACACGAUCGGAGGCCUCCAACCGGACACGUCAUACGCCGUUCAGGUGGCCGCAUUGACCCGUAAAGGUGACGGAGCGCGAUCCCCGCCCAAGAAGGUCACGACGCCGGGCGGCGUGCCCAAUCGGCCGGCCGUCAAUCUCAAGAUCGUCAAGGAAGAGCCGACGGUGAGCGUCGAAGUCGUUUGGAGUCGGCCGACGCAGACGUACGGCGAGCUCAAAGGCUAUCGAUUACGCUACGGGCCCAAGGACGCGACGUCCGGCUCGCUGGCCACCGACAGCAACAACAACAACAACAACAACGUCAUCGUCAACGAGUUGCUGCUGGACGGGCCGCAAGUCCAACACCGGCUCAUCGAGGGGCUGGAGCGCGGGUUAGAGUACGAGUUCCGCGUGGCCGGCCGCAACCACAUCGGCUACGGCCAGGAAGCCGUCCAGAUCCUUCCGACUCCCGAGGGCGCCCCGUCCGGCCCUCCGACCAACAUCACGUACCGGUUCCAGACGCCCGACGUGGUCGUCAUCCGCUGGGACGUGCCGGCCCUGGAGCACCGCAACGGCCGCGUCACGGGCUACCUGAUCCAGUUCUACAAGAAGGUGGACAACAGCGUCGUGACGGAGCGCAACGUUUCCGGCUCGGUGGGCAAGGCCGUCUUCACGUCGCUGGAGGAGAACAUGGACUACGAGUUCCGCAUCUACUCGCGGACCAACAAAGGUUCCGGCCCGUUCAGCGACCGCGUCCUCUUCCGGACGGAGCGCGACAUUGUCCGGGCCCCGAUGAGCGUCCGGGCCAUGGCCACAUCCUUCUCGUCGGUCGAGGUGUGGUGGGAGACGGUGCCCGGCCGCGGCAAAGUCAUCGGCUACACGGUCUUUUACACGAUGACGGCCGUCGACGACCUGGACGAGUGGCAGCAAAAAUCGGUGCCCGUGACGGGCUCGUGCGAGCUCUCGAACCUGGAGCGCAACUCGCAGUACGCCGUGACGGUGGCUGCCCGGACCAAGUCGGGCUACGGCCGUCUCUCUGACAAGGUGACGGUGACGGUCAAGCCGGAAGACGUGCCGACCGAGUUGCGGGCCCACUCGGUCAGCACCCACUCGAUGUCGUUGUCGUGGCAACAGCCGAUCCGCCUCAAUCCGGUCAGCUACAAAGUCACGUUCGACGCCGUCAAGGAGUUUGUCGACUCUCAGGGCAUCACGCAGACGCAGGUCAUCACUCCGCAGACGUCGAUCCUCUCGCAGGACACGCUCUCCUUCUCCGUUAACGAGCUGUCGCCCUUUACGACCUACAACGUCAACGUCAGCGCCGUCCCGCCGGACCGAUCGUACAGGCCGCCGGCUCGCAUCACCGUCACCACCCAAAUGGCCGCCCCUCUGCCCAUGGUCAAGCCCGAUUUCUACGGCGUCCUCAACGGCGAGGAGAUCACCGUCAUCCUGCCGCAGGCCUCGGAAGAGUACGGGCCCAUUAGCCACUACUUGCUCGUCGUCGUCCCCGAAGACAAACGGACCGAGCACAAACAGCCCGACCAGUUUAUGAACAGCGACUUGAUGCCGGGCGUUGGCGGUGGUGGUCAGCAAGGCGGUGGUGGUCAGCAAGGCGGUGGUGGUCAGCAAGGCGGUGGUGGUCAGCAAGGCGGGCAAGCUAAUCUGAAAGCGGGAGCGGCAAAACCGUCGGAGGAGCGCGCACAGCCCUACGUGGCGGCCAAGUUUUUGCGACGCAACGUGCCCUACACUUUUUUGCUGGGCAACGGCCAAGAGUUUGAAGGCAUGCUCAAUCGGAAACUGGACAAGAUGAUGCGCUACCGCGUCUUCCUGCGGGCCGUCGUCGACACGCCGCACAAGCACCUCUACACUUCCAGCCCGUUUUCCGAUUACCUGGCGCUGGACAUGCGUGAAGCGCCGGCCGGCGAGCUGCCGCAGCGGCCCAAUCCCAACGUGGGCAACGUCGACUCGUCCUACGUCCCCGUCCCCGACACGGAAGAGGCCGGCCUCCUCUGGAUCGCCCUGGCCGCGUCGGGCGUCGUUUUCGUCGUGCUGCUCGUCAUCGUCGUGGCCGUCUGCUCGCGCAAGCGUCGCCGCUCGCCCAAAUCGUCGGACCACUCGUCCGUCACCAAGCCGCUGAUGGGCGGAGGCGUCGGUGGCCUGGCCGACGCCUGCCUGUCGGCCGGUGGCGGGGCCGGGGCGGGUGGGGGCGCGGGCGGGGGCGCCUCGUCGUGCGCGGCCCCCGUCAACGAUCCCGUCGAAUUGCGUCGAUUGAACUUUCAGACGCCGGGAAUGGCUUCGCAUCCGCCCAUCGCCAUCCACGACAUCGCCCUGCACAUCGAGGCCCUCAAGGCCAACGACAACCUCAAGUUUUCGCAAGAGUACGAAUCGAUCGAAACGGGCCAGCAGUUCACCUGGGAACACUCGAACGCCGACAUCAACAAGCCCAAGAACCGCUACGCCAACGUCAUCGCCUACGACCACUCUCGUGUCAUUUUGGAACAGGUGCCGGGCGUGCCCGGCAGCGACUACAUUAACGGCAACUUUUGCGACGGCUACCGCAAGCGCGACGCCUACGUCGCCACCCAGGGACCGCUGCCCGAGUCGUUUGCCGACUUUUGGCGGAUGUGCUGGGAACAGAAGACGUCGACGAUCGUCAUGAUGACGCGGCUGGAGGAGCGGGCCCGCAUCAAGUGCGACCAGUACUGGCCCAGCCGCGGAUCCGACACGUACGGAGUCGUCAGCGUCAUGAUCACGGACGUCCAGGAGCUGGCCACCUACUGCGUCCGCACUUUCCAGCUGCACCGGCUGGGCACGAGCGAGCACCGCGAGAUCAAGCAGCUGCAGUUCACGGCCUGGCCGGAUCACGGCGUGCCCGACCAUCCGGCCCCGUUCCUCCAGUUCCUGAAGCGAGUGCGGGCACUCAAUUCGGCCGACGCCGGACCCAUGAUCGUCCACUGCAGCGCCGGUGUAGGCCGGACUGGAGCCUUCAUCGUUAUCGACUCGAUGCUAGAGCGUCUGCGCUACGAGAACACAAUCGACGUCUACGGUCACGUGACGGUCCUCCGCGCCCAGCGCAAUUACAUGGUCCAAACGGAAGACCAGUACAUUUUCAUUCACGACGCUCUGCUGGAGGCCGUGACGUGCGGCGACACGGAGAUUCCGGCCCGCUCCCUCCACGCCCACCUCCACAACCUGUUGCAGCCGUGCGCGCGCGCCGAGGCCGGCGGCACCCUCUCCACCAUGACGGGCAUGCAGAUGGAAUUCAAGAAGCUGGCGGCCAUUCGGACCCACCCGGGCCGUUUCGUCAGCGCCAGCCUGCCCGUCAACAAACCCAAGAACCGGUUGGUCAACGUGUUGCCCUACGAGUCGACGCGCGUCAUUCUGCAGCCGAUGCGCGGCGUCGAGGGCAGCGACUACAUCAACGCCAGUUUUGUCGAUGGCUACCGAUACCGGAACGCCUACAUCGCCACCCAAGGGCCGCUCAUGGAGACGACCGAGGACUUUUGGCGCAUGCUCUGGGAGCACAACUCGACAAUUGUUGUGAUGCUCACCAAAUUGCAGGAAAUGGGCCAGGAGAAAUGCCACCAGUACUGGCCGUCCGACAGGUCCAUUCGAUACCAAUACGUAGUGGUGGAGCCCGUGACGGAAUACAACAUGCCUCAGUACAUUUUGCGCGAGUUCAAAAUGACGGACGCCAGAGACGGACAGUCGCGCACCGUCCGGCAGUUCCAGUUCACCGAUUGGCCGGAGGAAGGCGUGCCCAAAUCGGGUGAAGGCUUUAUCGAAUUUCUCGGCCAAGUUCACAAGACCAAAGAGCAGUUUGGUCAAGAAGGACCAAUCACUGUCCACUGUAGCGCUGGCGUCGGCCGGACCGGUGUCUUCAUUACGCUCAGCAUCGACUUGGAGAGGAUGCAGUACGAAGGAGUCGUCGACGUGUUCCAGACGGUCCGCAUAUUGCGCACGCAACGUCCAGCCAUGGUUCAAACCGAGGACCAGUACCAGUUUUGCUACCGAUCGGCUUUGGAAUAUCUGGGAUCGUUCGAUCACUACGCUGGCUGUGACUGACGUCAGGGGACACAGUGCGAGGCCGGCGGGACACCGUCACCGCCUUGGUCGCAGGCCGAUUCGCGGCUUCCGGUCCCCCCGUGGCACGCCUUCACCACACCGCCACUUUCUUCGCACUGUGCCCUUCGAUGAUGAUCGUCGUGUGGACGACAAUGAAAAUGACAAGAAAGGAAAAGAGAUUUUUUAAACCAUUCAUUAUUAAUCUCUUUGUCUCAAACAGACACACACCCACUCGAACAAUCCUCCCUUUGUUUUGUGUUGUUUUUUACCCCCUCCCCGUGGUGCACGCAAGUCUCUUUACGUUGUCGUGCGUCACUUGCUCGUUGAUGACUUGGCAACUAAAUUUCGGUCGCGUACGAGUCGGCCGGGCGUGAAAAGAGUCAAUUUUUUUUUUUUUUGGAAAUUCAUGUUUCAUUGCUGAAGACGGAUCCGGUGGAACUGAAAAUGCAACCUUCAAUUGAACCGAAGAUGUUCAGUUGAACGGCAGAAAAUAAACGGAAAAAUAAUGAAGGAGAACAAACAAAAAAACAAAAAAGAAGAAAGACAACGGCACAAAAAGUCAAAAUUGUGUGUCACAAAAAAAAGAAAAAAAAAGAAAUGUUUUUUUGUUUUUUGACAAAAUCCUACUCAAAUCAAGAAUGUAUAAUGGCGCCAAUAAUGUACAGGAAGACGAGAUUUCUUUUGACGUGGGCAAGAUUGAUGAUGAUUGUUCCCCUGCUUUUUACUACCCAUUUUUGUGCGCUUUUUACCAAGCCCCAACGUAAGUUAUCAAAGGCAGCUCAUUGGUUGACCGACAUUCUGCCAUAUCAUUCCUGUCAUGAAAAAAAAAAAAAACGCGCUAUUUUUAUUUCUCCAUUUUGUUUGUUUUUUUAAUUGUAAUUUAUUUAUUUCGUUGUUGUGUGACAAACACAACUGGAAGACAAUUGUCUCACGUCGAGCGAUUUCUCUGUACUUAAGUUGUUUUCGUUUAUUUUUUUUUUAAAUUCAUAGUACAGCUCCCUUUGCUCAUUUACGCGGCAGUGUCAAUCUCAUGUUUUAUCAUCAUCGUCGUGGCCAAUCAUCCCAUUUUUUUCUCAUUGAGUUGCGCGUUCGAUGUCCCUUUCCGCGAUUUUUUUCCCUCCUUUUUGUAUUUCAUUUUCGAGAAAGUAAUGUACGAUUGUGUGUGUGUGUGUGUGUGUGUAUCUGUCUAUUCUCAGCGCGUGUGUAUGUAGUCGUUUCAUUCGAAACUGAACAAUCGGCAGCUUUCGUAUUCCUUUUAUUGUAAAAGUGUGACGAUGAUUACAACAAGGAAGGGACGAAAAGAUGA